GUAACCUCCUUGGAGAUGCCCUUGAGGCCCGAGAAGUCGCCCCAAGAGCCCGAGAAAGGACACCCAAGAAGCCCAAGUCCGGCGAGAAGGACCCAGGAAUCCCCCAAGAGCCCAAGAAGAGACCCAGGAGUCGCCCAAGAGUCCCGAGAACGGAUCCAGGAAAGUUCCCCAAGGAACCCGAGAAGGAGGAGCAGAAGUUCCCAAGAGGCCGGGAGACCCAGGAAGUCCCCCAGUGGCCCGAGAAGGAGAACCCAGGAGUCCCCCAAAAAGAGGAGACCCAGGGAAGUCGCCAGAACCCGAGAGGAGACCCAGAGAAGCCCAAGAGCCGAAAGGAGACCCAGGGGAAUUCACCGAGAGGCCCGAGAAGGAGACCCAGGAAGUCCCACAAGACCCAGAAGGGACUCACGGAAGUCGCCCAAAAGCCCGAGGAAGGGACCCGGGAAGUCGCCCCUGUCCACCGCGCGCACCCCGUACGACUUUCGAUUCCCUGA